CUGAGGACCACUGAGCUGUGAGAUGAGGCGCGGAGUGGCGAGGCAGCGGAGGGCGGUGGUGCUGCUCCUGGUGUUCGCAGUGGUCGCCAUCUUCUUCUACUAUCGCAAGACCCAACAGAUGACACUACUGUCAGAGGUGAGGGGAGAGGCGCACAUUGGGAUAGCAGAUCAGCUGGACAAUGGCAGAGAGACCGCUGGGACUACACAGCCAAGUGGAGCAAGCAGGCCUGUCUCCACACCUUCACGAAAAGAAUACACCUUAGCGGGCGCAAGGGAAGAACAAUUUUCCGGUACAACCGUUCCUCACAGUUCUCUUCUCAACGCUGCAGCCGAAGACAAUGCUCCCAGAGACGGCACAGGACGAGACUUAACUUCACCUGUAAAACGCAGCACGUUUGUUCCAGAUCAUCUGGUCGUUGAGAUACACACUGUGGUAAAACCAGUAGACUAUGAAAAUCGUGUUGUAACUGUGAAGAAGCCAGCUACGCAUUCUACACGUAAAACUGCAACAGGAGCAGAAAAUGUUGCAAAAGAGGAGAUAGUUGCAUCAGAAGGGUUACUAAUAGACUCUGCUGGAAACGUUGCAGAAAACCCACUUAUACCUGACAUUACACAUGUAGCAACUGUACCAAGAUCUGCAACAAGAGAGACACAAAGAUUUCCUAUAGAUGAUACACUUAACUUUGCUCAGGUGGUGGAUGGCAAUGCUGCUACAACCGUGCAAGAACCUUCCAAAGCGAAUGUACAAGAGUCUACUGCAAUAGAUGUACACGUUGCAACAGUUGCGCAACUACAUAAAACUACGUCCUCUACUACUACUACUGCUGCUAUUAUUAAACGUACAGACCAUGCAGAUAUUAUAGAACUCAACGGUUCCGCUAAAGCUACACAUAGACCCUCUGAAGUAUCUACACAGAAAGCUUCACUUGAUGUUCACAAGUCCGCUUCAAUCGCGCCAAGCGAAUCUACUACUACAGCUGCUGCAAUAAGUGAACAUAUCCAAGCUCCAUCGCCUUCGAAUGAGCCUUCCCAAGUGGUUGUCCAACAAACAACAGUAAGAGCACAACCAUUUACUGAAGGUGCUCAGAGACCUUAUGCCAUGUCCGCUGAAGAAGUCAGAACGAACAGAACUAGGUCUAUUCUUCAAUCUGCUUCAGCUACAAGUGUUUCCGCUGUUCCACAAAGCGUCCAGACUCCCUCUGAACACAACAAACUUGCUGAUGUUGCAGCAGAGAAUGCCGUUAGGUCUGUAACAACCUUAAGGGAGGAAAGUGUGCCAGGUAAAGACGAAAACACACCAUCUACAAGGACAAAGCCACUGCCUGAAGUGACCAGAACCACCCCCACUACUCCAGACCCACAUCAGAGCCCGUUUGAUGCCAUGCGGUCACGUUUAACCAGUGGAAGACUAAGCACCGUGGAGCUGCUACAGCCCAAAGAUGUAUACAGAAUAGGAGAGGAGGUUGUGGUUCUGGUGCAGACUAGAGACCAGAUGAACAGGCCGAAAACACGAGGAGGAGACUACCUAAAAGCUCGGAUGAUCUCUGACGACGUGGCCGCAAGCACUCCAGGUGCAAUCACGGACCACGCUAACGGCACGUACACGGUGCGGUUCCGGGCGGGCUGGAGCGGGACGGCCGCCGUACAGGUGCACGUCAUCCACCCGCGGGAGGCUCUGGACGUCCUGCGCAGGCUCAGGAACGUGGAGAGGAAGCGGGUCAACGCCUGCAGUUUCCCACACGACGAUGGUACGGAGUGGACCCGCUGUUGGACAACCCCGUCCCGGGACCCGCAGGAAGAGGAGUGCAACUUCUCGCACGCCCCUAGCGGAACCGAUUGGUACUGCAAGAAGCCAGUCAGGGCGCCAUGUUCGGCUAUAGACGUGUGCAGUGGGGGAGGGCUGCGGCCGCUGGAGGAGAUCGGCGUCACAGAGACAGACAAGAUGCUGUUCAAUGAAACGUUCAUUGAUCAGGCAGUCAUGGAGGGAACGACUCUCUGGGUGCAAGUUACGGAGCAAGGCGUGCCUUGUGUAAUUCGGCACGGAAGCGGGAACUGCCUGUACGCCACGGACCCGGAUGUGGAAGGCAGCGACCCCUUGCGGCGCGGCGUGGUACUGUGGCCCUGCACAGACAGCGCCCGGCAGGUGUUCGUGCUGAGGCAUGACGGGAAGAUAGCCCACGUGGACAGCGGGCUCUGCGUCGGAGCGAUAGACGAUAACUCUACAGACAACGGCCUCGUCGUUCUGAGGGACUGUGAGUCUGGAGGGUUGCAGUUCAGGCGGACAGAAAGUCGCGCCAUCCAAGACGUGGCGACGCUCAGGUGUCUCCACCCUCACCUGGACGUGCAGGUGCCGCUGGACGGAUCACCUGUACGGCUCGCAGAGGGGUGCGACGUCGUCUUCGAGUUCAUGGAAGAUAUGUCUGGCUUGCCGAAGUGUGAGCCAGGCCGAGCGCCCUCUGCCGGUUUCUAUCUGCACGACAACUGGUACACGUACGCCUGCCGCGCGAGACAGUUCCCCAACCGAGAAUCCGUCAUGAAGUGCCUUACCAACAAGUCCGUCUACAUGUACGGGGACUCCACAGUACGGCAGUGGUUUGACCACCUGAACGGCUACCUGGGCCUGACGCGCUUGAUGCUGCUGCCGGGUAUGCAGAACUGCCACAUCGGGCCGUGCGGGUCGCACCACAACAGCACCGACACGCACCUGCACAUGAUGUUCCACAACUUCCCCAUCUACGGAAACCCGUUCAAGUACCAUCGGAUGGUUUACAUCUCCGAGGAGCUGGACCGGCUGCAGGGCGGACCGGAAGUCGCCGUCGUCAUCACCAUCUGGUUCCACUUCCUCAUGGAGCCGAUUCACAUCUACCGGAAACGCAUCGUAGCAAUCCGCGACGCCAUCCUGAGACUCCAUCAGCGGCAGCCGGCGACCCUGGUGCUGAUCAAGUCCGGUAACAUGGCGUUCAGCUCUCUGUGGGCGCCGACCCACGUGGGGAACUACCUCAUGGCGGACGACUGGAUGUCCGAGGACCUGGACAGGCUCCAGCGGGAGGUGUUCAGCCCGACCCGGGCCGUGUUCCUGGACGUGUGGGGCAUGACGGCGUGCCAUCGUGCACAACACGACAUCCACCCGCCUAGUGUCAUAGUCGCCGCUGAAGUUAGGCUGGCGUUAGCUUAUAUAUGUCCUACAUGAUACAUUGGACUGCAAUUUAUUUUUAAAAUUGAUGCUAACAUUGAUGUUAACAUUGAUGCUAACAUUGCCCACCUUAAGUGUGAGGCAUGACGGCGUGUCACCCCGCCCAGCACGACAUCCACCCUCCAAGUGUUAUAGUCGCCGCUGAAGUUAGGCUGGCGUUGGCUUAUAUAUGCCCUACAUGAUACGUUGUACUGCCGACGUAUUGGGUGAACUGUACGCCGUCUGACUAGAAUGUACCAAGAAGCUUUCAACACAGAAUGUCCUAGGAUGCACUCAAACUUUGAAGACAGAACUUGUUUUAGUGAA